GAAGUGCGGUUGAUUCACAUUAACUCCACUUUUAGCCAGCGCUGUUCGACAGACGAGUCGUGACCGACUCGAUAUUAUUUAUGCGAUCUUCCUGUGCCGUGUUCCUAUGACGAAUACACGACUAACUAGCGCUAUUUUAAAAAGUAAUCUAAGCCAUUUGGUCUUGGGAAAUAGAUACUUUUUGUGUUAUAUAAUAACUUUCUUCCCGUCCCGAACAAUAAGUUAUAUCCUUAAUCGACACAACAGACAUCUAAUUUCAAUUGUUCCCAAUCGCUAGUUGAGCUUUUCCUAAUUUUUAAUUCUUGUUUCUAGCAUUUUUGGAUUUAUGCCCUUCAUAAACUACUAUUAAUCUCUGUCGCCUUCUCAAUUUUUAAGUUUGUAUUUAAAAUCAUGGCAAUCAUGGUUCCUGUCGUUCCCACCUUUCAAGAUCUAUCUUUUUACUCUGAUCCAACGGGAAAUCAACCACGUUAUGAAAGUGCGCUAAGACUGUUUGAGAAGUCAUUUCAUGAAAAACCAGCCUUCUUCAGCCGAUCACCUGGUCGUGUCAACAUUGUUGGUGAACACAUAGACUAUAACUACUUCUCGGUUCUUCCUAUGGCUUUAGAGGUCGACGUCAUUAUUGCUGCGGCGACCGCGACAGAUAAUAAGGUUAUUCUCACUAACACUGACCCCAAAUUCCAGCAGGAAGAAUUCGAAUUGCCUAUUGAUGGUUCGGUAAUCACAAUCAACAAAGAACAUCACAGUUGGGGUAAUUACUUCCGCUGCGCGUUGAUUGUGGCUCACCAUUUCAUAAAAGAAAAGUAUGGAAACUUGAUUGACAAUGGGAAGAAACCAUUGAAAGGUUUACGUCUGACCUUUGACGGUAAUGUCCCCACAGGUGGUGGACUGUCAUCGUCUGCAGCCUUCUGUGUUGCAUCCAUUGUGACCAUCCUUAAGGCCAACGGUAUCAAAUCCAUUAGCAAGGAUGACUUGACCCAUAUUAGCGUUGUGUCUGAGCAUUAUGUUGGCGUGAACACGGGAGGUAUGGACCAAUGUGCAUCCAUUUAUGGUGAGCCCAAUAAAUUACUGCUUAUCCAAUUUCGGCCUAAGUUAAUAGGUAUUCCUUUUCAAAUUCCAAGCACAAAUCCUAAAAUGGUGUUUCUCGUCACCAAUACUCUCUUCCAGGCUAACAAGCAUGAAACGGCCCCAAAGAACUACAAUCUGCGUGUUGUUGAAAUGGCCAUCGCCUCAGAGCUGUUCGCCAAAAAAUACAGCCUCAACACACCCAAGGAUUCUAACCUCAAAGGUGCUGGUACCCUUCGUGGAGUAAUGGACGCUUAUUUUGAACAGAUUCUCAGACAGCCUGCUUGGGAUGGUAACGAUCUAAAGAUUGGUAUUGGGCGUAUGAAAGAAAUGCUCAACCUGGCGGAAGAGCUGUUCACGUCAGAAGAAAAAAAAGGGUUUACUACUGUUCAAGUUGCGAAAAGGUUUGGUAUGAGUGUCGGGGCGUUCACCAAGACUUUUUUGACACAAAUACCUGUUCGCUUCGAAGUGCUUAAACUAUAUCAACGCACUGUGCACGUAUACUCAGACGCUAUGCGUGUGCUUGAAGUCCUUCAACUUUUCCGAGAACACCAACCGACUGAUCCCUCUAUCGCCUUUUUAACUGAGUUCGGAAAAAUACUCAACGAGUCACAAGUUUCUAACGAAUUGUAUAACAACUCAUCGAGUCCAGAGUUGAAAGAGGUGUGUGCGAUAUCAACAGCCUAUGGUGCAUAUGGUGCCCGCACUACAGGUGCUGGGUGGGGCGGUUCUGCUGUUCAUCUUUGUACGGUGGAUAAACUGCCUGAAAUUGUUGCUGCUCUCACUGAACAGUACUAUAAGAAACAUUUUCCUCGCAUCACCCAGAAAGAACUUGAUUCUGCCAUCGUCGUCUCAAAACCCGGCAUUGGAACAUGCGUGGUAGAGUACAAUGAGAAUAUUAUAAGCGGGCGAAAAAUGUGAACUACUUGGUAAAAACUUAUGAUAAUGACUACCUAUUCUAGAUGAAUAGAACGGAUGAAUAAUAUUGAGAAUGUUAAUACUAUGAGAAUAAUGUUCUGCCACUGAUACCACGUAUGGUAAAUAUCGAUUCGCUUUGUCUUUCUCAUGCUUCUACACAGUAAUUCACUGUCGUAAACAAUGUUCAUUAGU